CGAUUAGUUUCCAGUUUUUUACAUUUAUCUGUUUUUAAAAAAGUUUUUAAACCUUUAACACAAAAGAUGAAAUCGUAAAAGUUUAAAAGCUUUGUUUUGUCUAUAGGCUGGCUGGUUUUAGCGCUCUCACGGUUUCGAAACGUCCGUUUGAGGUUACAAAAUAUUGAACGCAAUCAUUUGGCUGAGUAAAUUUAAAUCUAAUUACCGUGCUUGGAUCUUUAUAAUGCAAAUGCUAUAUCUGCUUAUUGGAACGUUAAUAUUUACGAAUGUAGUUUGUGGGGAACCUAAAAGUCACCCUGUAACGACACAUUUGUCUGCCAAAUGGGACGUUACUCCAAUACAACUGGAGAUUGCAGAGUUCAUUGACGAGGAAAAUGCUAACCUUUUCUGGGAUUACGUGGAGCUGAUAAAUAAAAUACCAAACACUCUUUACCACAUACAAACGGAGGAACAACGAUAUGUAAAAUUAUUAGAUCUCGCUGAACGGUUGCUGGAAGCCGGCCAAACUAAUCUGCUCAAGCUGGCAUUGUCACUGCAUAGUUUUUCCCCAAAAGUUCAGGCGCAUUUGCAAAUAGGAAGAGAAGCGCUUAAGCAAUACGAAUGUGACACAUCAGCAUUCGUUAGCAUUGGCGGAAAGCUUGCUUGUGAUGAAGACGAUCUCAGGAGUAUAUUAAAAGUUGUUGAUCGUGAUUUGUAUGAAGUAGAAACACAUAGCUUGGAUCAUAUGUAUCCCGGGUCAGAAAACAACUCGCUCACUGCUAUACUAUACGGUCAACUGGGAACAGCAGAAUUCAAAAAUUUUCACGAUAUACUCAAGCAAGAGGUUGAAAAUGGUAUCAAAUAUGUGUUACGCCAUUUUACUAAAAAGAAAUUUAACCGCAAAAUGCGUCUUUCUGGCUAUGGAGUGGAGCUACAUUUGAAGUCCACUGAGUAUAAAAGUCAAGAUGAUUCCCCUCAGCAACAAGAUCAGGUAACGAUAACAAAUGAAGAUGCAGUUGAACCCGAAGUCGAAGGAUUCGAUUUUAGUACACUUAAAAAUAGAUAUCCGCAUCUUUCCCAUUCACUGGAUCGUUUCCGGAAUGCGUUGCUUGAAAAACAUGAUGAAAUAGCUCCAUUAAAAGCAUGGGAAUUUCAAGAGCUGGGUCUUCAAGCGGCCCAACGAAUUGCCCAAAUUCAGGGAGAAGAAGCUUUACAAAUCUUGCAAUUCACUGCUCAAAACUUUCCAACACAAGCAAAAACCUUGUUAGCUCAGUCGGUUUCCGAAGAAUUUAAAAAAGAAAUGAGACAUAACAUCGACAUUUUAGGCCGCACACUAAAUUUGCAGCCACCAGAUUCGGCACUUUUUAUAAAUGGGCUUUUCUUUGAUGCAGAUACAAUCGAUACUAUAACCUUACUUGACACCCUGCGGGCCGAAAUGCGCGUAUUAGAUGGACUUAAUAAAAUAGGUAUUCGCGGAAAAACGGCAACUCCGCUGCUGGCAUUGGAUCUAUCUUCUACUGCGAAAGAGUUUGCCAUUGAUAUUCGCGAUUCUGCCAUAACAUGGAUAAACGAUUUAGAGAAUGAUGCCCAAUACAGAAGAUGGCCUAGUAGUGUAAUGGAUCUGCUACGUCCUACAUUCCCUGGCAUGUUAAGGAAUAUUCGAAAAAAUUUGUUCAAUCUUAUUCUUGUGAUCGAUCCAACCUCAAGUGAAGACAAUAGUAGAGAUAUUAUCAAACUAGCAGAAAGCUUUGUCGUCCAUUCUGCUCCGGUGCGGAUAGGAAUAAUAUUUUACUCUAAAGAUAAUGAUCUGACAGAAUAUAAGUCUAUUGUAUGCGCAUUUAAUUACGUUCAACAGAAAAAAGGAUCAACGGACGCUCUUGGUUUUCUUACUGACCUCUUUGCAAGUACACCAAAGCGUGAUAUCAAAGUUGAUGAUAUACGAAAACAAUUAAAAAAAUCCUUCGCAAAACUAAAAUAUGACGAAAUUGACGAAAUUAUCGGUGAUGACUCUGAUUUUGAUUAUGGCCGGCAACUGUCUCAAGAGUUUGUUGCUCGUUUGGGUCUUAAAACUACCCCACAAGCAUUACUGAAUGGUGUCUUAUUACCGCAAAGCACUCUCAACUCUGACGACUUUGAAGAAACAAUUCUAACGGAAAUAAUGCAGCAAACUCCGACAAUACAAAAAGCGGUCUACAAAGGAGAUUUAAAUGAUGGGGAACCUGUAAUUGAUUUUCUCAUGAAACAACCGCAUGUAAUGCCCAGACUAAAUCAGCGUAUUCUAUCAGUCGAUGAUCCAGUAUUUCUGGACAUGUCAGGAAAUGCUUUCUUGAAUCUCGAAGAUGUAUCGAUGCUAGCUCAAUUAUCCAAUGCAGAUUUAACUGCGACUUUAAUAACGAAUUUGAAAUAUUUCGGAGGGAAACAUACAUAUGAAAAGUUCAUGGGCCAUAGACUACAUUUCAAUAGCUUUUGGAUUAUAGCGGAUCUUUUACAACCAUCUGGCCGUCAACUUUUGAAAAACGCGUUGAAGUUUAUGAAAUCAACUAGCGGAACCCGUAUUGCUUUUAUUCCAAACGUUGACGGGAGUAAUUUGGCCAGAUCAGAGCUGAAGAAAAACUUGAAUGCUAUCGUUUGGGCAACAAUAAACACUUUACCAGAGGAAGAAGCUACAAAUUUAAUUUUGAAACUAUUGGAACAAAAUGAGGAUUCCCAAUACAUAAUUCCUGAAUCAGUUAUGGACUUUCUACCGGCCACACAGCUGCAUUUAAAAAUGUUGCGUGUGUACUGCCAACGUGUACUGAAAACUAAAGUGUCUGUGAACAGUCUAGUAGCAAACGGGCGUGUUAUUGGACCCUUUGAGAACGACGAAUAUUUUGAUACGGAAGAUUUUGGAUUGUUGGAGAAAUUUUUUAGUUUGCAAUAUACAGAAAAAAUAAGAGCUGCUCUUAAAGAAGCAACCGUCAAUGGAAAUGACGUUGAGCUGUCUGGUGAAACUUUAUUUAAAUUAGUCUCUAUACUCGUCCCAAGACAGCAAUCGAAAUCACGUUUCACAAUUCCAAACGAAAUUGAAGAUAAUCAUACGGUCGUAACGCUUCCUCCGAAAUCAAAUAAUCUGCCAUUUUUUGAAAUUGUAGCUGUUUUGGAUCCAGCUUCUAGAGGAGCUCAAAAGCUGUCAUCACUGCUGAUUCUUCUGCGAAAUGUUGUCAAUUGUAAUAUGAGAAUAAUACUAUGUGCAAUUGAUAAACACAGUGACAUGCCGGUUAAAACUUUUUACCGAUUCGUCAUCGAGCCUGAGCUUCAGUUCACUGCAGAUGGAAGACAUGCCGCAGGACCAUUCGCCAAAUUCGUUGGAUUGCCGGCUAACUCAUUACUUACACAAAGCUUAAACGUUCCUGAAAAUUGGUUGGUGGAAGUGGUACGAUCUGUUUAUGAUCUGGAUAACAUAAAGCUUUCAGAAAUCAAUGGGCCAGUACAUAGUGAAUACGAGUUAGAGUAUCUGUUACUAGAGGGCCAUUGCUUUGAUACUACUACAGGGUCGCCACCACGUGGAUUGCAGAUAACUUUGGGCACUGAGCAACAACCUAUAAUUGUUGAUACAAUUGUUAUGGCCAACUUGGGAUACUUUCAGCUGAAAGCAAACCCAGGAGCAUGGAUAUUGAAGCUUCGUCAUGGAAAGAGUGCUGACAUAUAUGAUAUUACUAGCGCAGACGGACCAAACGUAAUCCAUUCCAGCGAAGGAACACGUGUCGUUUUAAGUUCUCUGCGUUCGCAUGUGUUAAAGUUGCGAGUAACAAAGAAACCAGGAAAAGCAAAUAUCGAUUUAUUAAGUGAUGAUAAAGACUCAACCGGUGGCAUUUGGGACUCGAUUAGUUCAAUUGUUGGAACAGGCGACACGCAGGACCAGGAAGUGUUGAAUAUAUUUUCGGUUGCUUCAGGCCAUUUGUACGAACGUCUACUGAAGAUUAUGAUGCUCUCACUUUUGAAACAUACCAAAACACCGGUUAAAUUUUGGUUUUUGAAAAACUAUCUCUCGCCUCAGAUAAUCGAUUUUUUGCCACACAUGGCCGACGAAUAUCACUUUCAAUAUGAAUUGGUCCAAUAUAAAUGGCCGCGAUGGUUACACCAGCAAACAGAAAAACAGCGAAUUAUUUGGGGAUAUAAAAUUCUAUUCCUAGAUGUUCUUUUUCCGUUGGAUGUGAAAAAAAUUAUUUUUGUCGAUGCAGAUCAGAUUGUCCGCGCUGAUAUGAAGGAAUUAAACGAUUUUGAUCUCGGGGGUGCACCAUAUGGAUACACUCCGUUUUGCGAUUCACGCCAUGAAAUGGAAGGUUUUCGUUUUUGGAAGCAAGGUUAUUGGAAAAAUCAUUUACAGGGACGAAAAUAUCACAUCUCAGCAUUAUAUGUGGUAGAUUUGAAACGGUUUCGUAAAAUAGCGGCAGGUGAUCGAAUACGUGGUCAAUAUCAAGCACUCAGUCAGGAUCCCAACAGUUUAUCUAAUUUGGAUCAAGAUUUGCCAAACAACAUGAUACAUCAGGUCACCAUCAAAUCAUUACCUCAAGAAUGGCUGUGGUGUGAAACAUGGUGUAGCAGUGAGACGCUACAAUAUGCUAAAACUAUCGAUCUUUGCAAUAACCCGUUAACUAAGGAAGCUAAACUUACUGCUGCCCAACGUAUUGUGCCAGAAUGGAAGGAUUAUGAUUUGGAAAUUAAACGAUUACAGGCCAAGAUAGACGAACUUGAACAUGAACAAGGUCAAGCUAUACAUUCCGAAGAUCAUACUGUCACCAGCAGUGAGAAUAUCGUGCACACUGAACUUUGAAAGUUCUAUAGUCAAUGGAGCUACUUCAACUGAAGGCAACUGUAAAGCAAAAUGUAAUAUUCUUUAAAUCAAAUUUCGUCUAAAAGUAAUGCUAUGUCAAUGUUCUCGUUGCAUGCGAACUUUGUCUGCUGUGAUUGAAUUGUUGCGGUUCCGGUCGUAAUUCGAUCAAGAGUAAAUUUUUUUGAAGACUGCGCCAAUUAGAGUUCUCUUAGAUUUUCUAGAUCAACACAAAAAAACAGCUAGUUUCAGAUAGAUCAUUCAAGGUCAAUAAAAUGUACAAUCUACUAUAAGA